GCGGUCCUCGGCGCCGUGCCGCUGCCCUGCCGGCCGGCAGCAGCGGCGGCAGCAGAGGCGGCCUGUCCCCGCCUGCCCCACGGCCUGCGGCCGCCGCCGGCUCCGCCUCUGCCUCGGCGCGGAGCCACCACCGGCGGGGCGACCGCGGCGGGCUCGUUUUCUCCCCUGUUCCGCUUGAGAGUGAGCAAGUGGCUGUGUGGGUGCUUGCUUGUGGAGCCCCGUGACAGCUACGCUGGAGAAGUUGUGCUCCUGUAUCCUGAUCCCUGACGGGAAGAAGGCCAGCCGUGUGCUGGCUCUCAUGCUGAGAAUCAUAGAAUAUCCAAGUUGGAAGAGACCCACAAAGAUCGUCGAGUCCAACUCCUGGGUCCCCAGAGGACCACCCAAAAAAAUCAGACCAAAAUUUCUGAAGGCUAAAAGGCUUUGAAGAUACUGGCUAUAACAUCUUUCUGUUGGUCAUUCACAGUGUUCUGGGAAAUAAUCUACAUAACUUGACAUUAAUUGAUGUCCACUGGAUGUGCCAAAGGAGUUGCUGUUCUAUCUAGCAAUAAUUUUGGUUUUAUACUGAAGAAAACGAAAUCAAGAAAAGAUGGACUGGAAUGCAAGACCACUCCAGAAUGCUGAUGCACAGAAUAACAAGCAAAGUGGACAAGUGUGUUACACUCAGUUGCUUCCUAAAGCACAUGCUUUUCCUCAAACAAAUACAUUUUCCUCUGAAAAUGUAUGCAGUUAUGCUAGAAAUAACCAAGUGAUGUAUCUACCAACUGUCAAUGUUUCCUUACCAGGAACAUCUGUGGCUGGCAAAGAUUUUCAUGCCUCAGAAUACUCAGUCAAUCGGUGUCUACCAUCAUAUGUAGUAAUUGCACCAAAACCUCCUGAUCAAAUGUCACGUGCACGGACAGAGAUGACUCAGAACUCUUGGCGAAGCUCUGGUAGGCAUACUUCUUCCUAUAGAAAGUUAGCUCCCCUGUCUUCUCAAAUGAGCGAUGGAAAUAACUUGCGGAACAUGCUUCAGGGACCUCAGCAUGCCACCACAAACAGUUAUGCUGUGCAGUCACAAACAUCACAGCAUAAUUCUAUGAGAGCUAUGAUGUUAUACCAAAGUAAUCGCGAAUGCACUAAUUCUUCAAAGAUGGGGUGCACACCACAGUGUAACAUGAAUGGUCCUGCUUCAUCUCAAAGCAUUUCUUUACCUGUCAAUCAGUCAUCCAGUCAAUAUGUCCAUUCUCAGAACAGUUCUUUGUCUCUUGGUACGUCUGGGCAACAUGUCCAAAGCCAAAUAUAUUACUCCAGUAAUCAAUUUCAAGUUUCACAGUCACCAAGUCAAAAUACUACAGCAAAUGCACAGCUGCCACAAUAUAUACCAAGUCAGAUGGGAUCAGAAGCUCCUAGUGGAUGUUCUGCACCAUCUUUGCUGCCUGCCAACUGUGAUUCAAGAGCUGCAGCACAACCUUUGCUAGGUGUACAACAGGCAGUUCAAAAUGUGUCUACUGGAUAUACCUUCAGCCAACAGAGGUGCCUGUCAGAUCAAAAAAAUGCUUCUGGUAUUAACAGUGUUCAGCAAUACUGGCAGACACAGCAAUCUGGAGAAGUCAGUCAAUCAGUUAUGAAUGCCUGUAACUCAAGUGGAAAUGUGACAGCAAAUCAGACUUUUAAUGAAUUGUCUGCACCAUCCACUGAAGUUUCCAAAGAAUUGUAUAAUAUUUUGCAUGAAAUGGCAACUCUUUCUUCAGUGGUUGCUCCAAAGCCACCAUGUGAUCCUGCUUCAGUUCAGGAAAGUCAGACUAGUAGUUCAGUGAACGCGCCUGUUAAUUCUCAAACUUCUUCAGCAAGAGAAGAUGAAAGGAAAGCAGCAGAGGAUGCUCUAGCUUGGGAAGCUGAAAGACUGCGCACUAUUAAAAGAAAAUGUAUCCUGCUUGAAAAGAUGUAUCAUUAUAAAAGAAAACUAUUAGCUUCACAACAAUGUAAGAGCAGUCCCUCACUUGCUGCCAGUAAUGAAAGUGUGCUCUCUAAUAGUUUUCCUCAGGUGCCCAAUCAAAAUGUAGCACCUUCCCCAUCUGAAGCAGUGAGGACAGACACUCAGCAACAACCUGUUCUUAACUCUUCACCUGAAGAAAAAAAUGACAAACAGAAAGCUGGUGCUGACAACAGAGGAUUAGAGGUGACUCGGAGUAAUCAUCAGGUAGAACAGGGAAACCUUUUAUCAAGGUCAUUUCCUGUUCCUUCUCACAACAAAUUCCUAGCUCAAUUAAAUAACCCUGAGAGUGCUCCCAUGCUGGGACAGAAAGAUGCUUCAGCCUUGGCUUCUUCUCAAAAAACUCUCACAUCUUCCAACAAUACAUCAGGUUUUAGUCAAACCAAUAGCUCUGUCAGAAAUGCAUCAAAGAAUGUAUCAGCUUACCCUGAGAACUCAUCAUUUCUUCAGUUUGUAUUGAGCAGCACAAAUAUGUUGAAAGAGAAGAUAGCUGGUGCUACUGCUGAUAACAUACUGACUAAUCUCCUUUGUGGUGAAAAACCCCGGGUAGAUUUAAAGGGCUCAGAUGGAAGCUUAUUAAAAGACACUAGAGAAAAGAAUGUAGCAAGUCUGAAAGGUGAGCGGACAGUUAUGGUCCACACUCACACUCCUGUAUCAGAAACAGUGCAGUCUAAUGAAAAUAAAGUCCAGAGUGAUGUAGCUCAGAAAAAAGCACAGCUUACUGAAAAUUCAUGUUUUAAACAAAGCAAUUGUAGUUACUCUGCAGAAGAACUAACUGCAUGCCUGGGCUUGUGGAGAAAACAUGGUUCAGAACCUGCAAGUAUUCAAAAUAGCCAGUCAAAUGAAAGCCCCACAGAAAAUCAGAUCUCACCCUUACCUUACAGCCAAAACACAACGAGUAAGAGAGAACAAGGUAAUAUUCCGGUUAGUACAGAUGAAGCGGUCUUGCCUUUGACAACUGCCUCUGUAGGACAAAAACACGACACAUUGGGCUGCAAUUUGAUAAAAGGUUUUGAACUCCAAGUUGCAGUUGUCUCUCCUUUAGUGCUUCCUAAACAGGUAACAGAGAGUGAGCAGGCAGACAAGUGUCCAAAAUCUGCAGAUAAAACCUGUCUAGUAAUUGACACAGGAAGCAUACGUAGCUUGCAAGAAGAGGGGAAAAAUAUUUUAACUGUGGUAAGUGCUGAUAAAGGAACAAUAGAAACUGUCCAUUCAUCACCCACUGACUGUGUUCUGGUAGAGAAAGAAGACUCACAUUUGCAACAGAACAAAUCAGCUAAUGGAAGGAGAAUAGUAAAAAACAGUACGAGUACAAAUGAUGUGUUUGAUGAAAAACAAAGGAACCUUUGUCAAACCGUGGAAGAUGCUGGAGAAAAUCUACAGCUCAGAUUACAAAACAAGCCAUCUCUUUCUGAAUUGGGCCUGAAUUUUUACGGUCAAAUCUUUCAAGAAGGUAAAAAAGACCAUGAAGACAAGCAAAGAGUGUUAGAGACAGGAAAUACUUCUACAGCUGUUUUAGAAGAACAGAUGUUUCAUAUUUCUAGUGUAUGUUCUCUUGUUGAAGGUGAUACAUUCUAUAAUCCACAAAUAGCAAGCAUAUUCAGCUCCGUCCCUCAGACAAAUACAUUAAAUAACGGUACCUCAUCAGGAGAAAAUGCACCUGACCCAAGGCAAAAGGAGCAAUUGCUGGACUUGAAUAAAAAUGACUUGAGCAAGAACUGUCCCCAGCGAGAGACCUUGCUGCAAAAGACAUUGGAAGAGUCAUCUAGCUGCGUUAGUGAAGCAGAUAGGACUUUGGAUAGUUUCAAAACCAGCCAUUCUGAGAAAGAAAGCAGUGGCAAUCCUCCUAGAACAAAUUCUGCCUCAGAGGAAAAAAUGCUGGUAAAGGCAUCUUUCAAAAAUCCUGAAAAUGACUUGGACAUUAUUCCUAGGUUAGACCAGGAGUUAGCUCAAAGUUCACCAGAUUUCUUGAUGAGUGUGACUGCUGAAACAAAUGUGUUCACUGUUACAACAGAUGUCAAUAAAGAAAAUGACACGUCUACUAAAAAUAGCAUAGAAGAAGAGGUGAACCUUUUUGGAGCAGAACCUAUUAAAUAUCUAAAGAAUCAGCUGACUGAACUUGUGAAAGAGUUUCCAUAUGGUAUUGAAGGGGCUGAUUUGCUUACAAAAGAACCACUACAAAAUGAUUCUGUGCUUGAGCGGACAGAGAAGCAAACUCAAAAAGAGACUCAAAUCUCUGACAAAAAGUCUAAUUUAAAGGACCCAAUAGAUCAGCUACAAAUUGCACUGUUAAACUCUGGUCAGGUGCAAGAAAUAUUUCCUGAAGAGAAGCCAUGUUCCUCUAGUGAAAGCAGCAGAGCAUUGACUCAACCUGAAAAGGCUUCACCCCAGGAGGAGAAGCUCGAAAGCAGUGUUCAACCUGAUCAAAGUCUAUGUAAGGAGAAAGAAAACCCUCAGCCACCACCCAAUUCCAGAAAGGAAGACGAUUAUUGUUGUUUAAUGAAUUGGCUGUCUGAACUAGGUGGAGUGCCACAGGGCUCUUGUGAAUGCAGAACUUCUGGUUCAGAUAAAAAUGAUAAUGAUCAGUGUUCAGAAGCUGAAAAUAUCAGCUCUGCAGAGAGACAAGAAAACAACAGUAAAUCUGAUGCCAUAUUAAAGAACAACUGUGCAGCAGGAAAUCCACCAACUUCUGAAAAUAUUCAAAAUCGUGUUCGCAAAAAUAAAAAAGAUACAUGCAAAUAUACUACUGUAAUGAACAAAAAAGCCAGGCUAAAGAUGGAUGAUGAACAGAAACCACUUCCAACACAAACAGAAAAAAUUAGACCACUCAAUUCCUCUGAAAAAAAAGAUGUUGAUAAAUCAAAAAGGAGUAACUGUAAGGAAGAACCAGAAAUGUGUAGUAUCACUCCACUGUUAGGGAAAGAAUUUAAUUCUGAAAAAAAAGAUAAUCAGAAAGCAUCAGAAGAAGAGUUAUCAGAGAAAGCUGGUCAUACGGAUGUAGACAAUAUAACAAAGUCAUCAAAAAAAGAAAGAGUUUUCAAAGUGGAUUCCAUUUCAAAAGAUAAAAUGAAAACAGGUUUGGCCAUGAAAUCCAGAACAGACAUUCACAAAUGUACAAAAUCAGACACUGCUGCAAUUAAACACGCUGAAGCCCAUCAAGGCCAAAAAAAAAAAAUCUGUGAUGAGAAAGCGGGUGAAGAACAGAACUGUGGGAAACAAAAGGACACACUUGGACAAAAUGUAGGAAUUAAUACCAAAGAGAAAGCAAAAUUAUCAGCAGAAAAAAAACUUAAAAAGCUGAAUAGUUAUCACACUGAAACUAUGAAGUUCCCAGGCUUUGUCAGUAAAGACUUAAAGUCAAGAAACCACAAAUAUUCUCCGCAUAAAUCUAUAAAAGCUUAUCCAUCGCAGGAGGAGUCAUACAAACGGAAGAGGAAGGACAAUAUUAUUGGAAAGAGAGACUCUAAGAAAACAAAGGUGGAAGAUGAAAGACUGAAACAACCCGAAGCAAAGAAUUCCAAGCAGCGCUCAUAUAAUUGCAUGAUAAAUAGUGACAAGACUAAAAAAUUGAAUGGAGAAAAUGUCUGGAAACCUAGGAAUUCAUUAGCAGAUCACACUAUACUUAAACUACAGAGAAAAAGGGGUCGAUCUACCAUCUCCAAAAACUACUUUUCUAACAAAGAGAGACAUCUUGAUGGUCAAAACAAAGACAAGUGUUCUGAGAAAAUAUUUUCUGAUAAAAAUCUGUUAUAUUUAAAUAGAAGAACGAACAGAUUAAAAUUGCAUCUUCAAAAAGAACCAAAAAAACAUUAUCUCAAUAGAGUUGCAUUUAAACGUACUGCACAGGAACGCAUAUACCUGACAAAGUUAGAGACAUCACCUGUCAGACCUGUCUGGCAUUUAAAGCCUAAAGUGUCACAAAAUAGCACAGAUUCAAAAAGAGAUACUUCUCUCUCAGAAGAUGAUAAAUCAUGGAAACCACAAGUACUUGAAUUUAAACUGUGUCCAGAGAUACUGUUCACAAAUUCAGCUACUGAUGAUGAAAGCUUAAGUACAAAGAAUUCUCUGGAAAGUGAGAAAAGCACUGUGGCAGGUGUAAAGAGUAAAAAAGAAGAUUGGUUAAAAUAUGAUCCAGUGAAGCAAAAAAAACUGGAAGGGAUCUCGACAGUUGAGGACAGUAUUCCACUUGAUACAGCCAUACAAAUCCUGGAAGGAGAUGGCGAGGCUCUUCACAUUCCAAUCAAAGACUCAAAAGAGAUGUUUCAGACCUACAGGAAAAUGUAUCUGGAAAAAAGUAACGCAAAGGCCUAGAUAGCACUCCUGUAUCAUAGGUCUUACUCAAUAUUAUUGGUGAAAAAAAUGCCAACACUACAAUUUUUUUUUCGUAUUUACUUCAUAUUUCUGCAUAGUUAUAUAUACGUAGAGAGAGAGAGAUAAAUACAUUAUGUUGUUGGCAACAUUUCAGCCCUGUUUGCCUAAUAAUUGUGAAUAACUGAUAAUUUGCUUAAUCUGUAUUUAUUGCACAAAUAGGCUUUGGUGCUGACAAUGUCAUUGUCAAAUAUAUUGUUUCUUUUUGUCAUAUUUGAAUUAUUUUUACAGAGCCAGGAGUUAGCUGUAUCUUGACCAAAAAAAAAAAGAUGCACAAACAAACCUCAAACUCAUUUAAAUCAUCAUAAUCUGUUUUCUUUUCUGCUUCCGGAAAGGUUAUGCUUGUGAUACUUUCCAUUGCUGGCAGUGGAAAAAUAUUUCUACUGGAAAGGGAUUGCAGGGAUUCCUAGGCAUUACACCUUUAUUUUCUAUUUAUGCUAGUUUGAUUAUUGUGCUCCUAACAAGGCUUUCUAUUUUUUUGUGGAAACAUUUUUUUUAAUACUUGGAAUACAGAUAUAAAACCCCCAAAUCAAACGUAAAGAUAAGGGGAUACUAUGAGGUAUUUAUGCUGCUGCCCAGUUUUCUUGCAUCUAUUUUUGUAGAACUUGUAGAAAUCGAACUCAGAAUUCUUCAUCUGAAAACAGUGCUGUAAACUGAUAGUUCACUGAAGACUUUUCCCUUCUUCACUCCCUUCCUCCCUCUUUCUACUUUCUUUACAUUUGAAAGAAAAGCACAAUUGUUGAAGUGCAGGGAGUUUGAAUUCAUUUCUGUCUAGACCAUGAUGCUCACUUUAACCAGACUGUGAUUAAUUCCUUUGUUUAUAAAAUGUUAGCUAAUGUUUGACUAAACGUUCACUGUGACGUGAGUUGUAUUUUUUGUUGGAUACCUUUUGUUUAAGUGUCUUUUCAUUGUUCAGAAUUUCAAAUUGAUUAUUUUUUUUUUCAGAAUUGUGGUUAUCUGUUUCUUUUUAUCUGUUUAAGCCUUUAUAAUAAAAGUAAAAACUCUGUAGAUAUUUCACUGAAUGAUUUUUAUACUUGAAAUAAACUUUUUGCAGGCUAUGCCUAGUCUUUUUUUAGUUUAAAAAGCAGGUAGUUAUAUUUAUUGCAGUUAGUUAAAUAAACACCAGAGAUAACCCUGUAGAUU